AUGGAUCAUAUCCUUGGCCUCGAGCUGAUGGCAAACUUGAAACAAAGAGACGAACUCUCAGAAAAUUGGAUCGCCGUUCUUGGGUUCCCCCGUAUCGGUGCUAACCGUGAGGUGAAGAAGGCCGUCGAGGCUUACUGGGCUGGAAAGAUCUCUGCGGAUGAUCUUACAAAAGCCGCUGCUGAGGUGAAGAAGACCAGCUGGACAACCGUCAAGGCCAAGGGCGUUGACUUCGUCCCCAGUGGCGAGUUCUCCCUCUAUGACCACGUCCUUGACCACUCUGCUGCAUUCAACGUCAUCCCCAAGCGUUAUGUUGGACUCGGUCUCUCUCCUCUUGAUGUCUACUUCGCCAUCGGUCGUGGCCGUCAGUCCGAGGGUGUCGAUGUUCCCGCGUCUGAGAUGAAGAAAUGGUUCGACUCCAACUACCACUUUGUCGUCCCCGAGUUCUCUGACGAGACCGACUUCAAACUCAACUUCAACAAGGCCGUUGAGGAGUUCAAGGAGGCCAAGGCUGCUGGUGUCAACACCCGCCCCGUCGUUCUUGGACCCAUUUCCUUCCUCGUCCUCGGAAAGGCCAGCAAGGACGCCAAGCCCGGCUUCCAGCCCAUCAGUUUGCUCAGCAAGCUUAUUCCCGUCUACGAGACUCUCCUCGCUGACCUGAAGGCUGCUGGUGCCGAGUGGGUUCAAGUCGACGAGCCCAUCCUCGUUCUCGAUAAGGCUGCUACCCUUGAAUCGCAGUACGCUUCCACCUACGCAGCCCUCUCCAAGGUCGCCCCUAAGAUUCUCCUCACCACCUACUUCGCUCGCCUCGACUCUAACUUGGCCUACGUCGCCAAGCUUCCCGUCGCUGGUCUUCACAUCGACCUUGACCGUGCCCCCGCACAGCUCGAUGAAGUCCUGGCUGCCAUCAAGCCCACCCCCAUCGUCCUCUCCCUCGGCCUCGUCUCCGGCCGCAACAUCUGGAAAACCGACUUCGCUGCUGCUAUCAAGACCGGCCAGAAGGCUAUCGAUGCCCUUGGCCUGGACCGCGUCAUUGUCGCUACUUCUUCAUCGCUCCUCCACACCCCGGUCACCCUCGCUUCCGAGAACAAGCUGACCCCUGAGCAGAAGGACUGGUUCUCCUUCGCCCUCGAGAAGGCUGCUGAGGUUGCCACCAUCGCUGCCGUCCUCUCCGGCUCCCAGGACGCCGCCGUCGCUGCUGCCCUUGAGGAGAACAAGGUGUCCAUUGCUAAGCGCCGCCAGUUCGAGAGCACCUCGGACGACACUGUUCGCAAGCGUGUUGCUGCCAUCACUCCUGAUCAGCUCGAGCGCAAGAGCCCCUUCACCACCCGGAAGGAAAUCCAGGCCAAGCACCUCAACCUUCCCAAGUUCCCCACCACCACUAUCGGUUCUUUCCCUCAAACCAAGGAGAUCCGUCAAGCUCGUGCUAAGCUCGGUAAGGGCGAGCUCACUCAAGAGCAAUACGAAGACUUCAUUAAGAAGGAGAUUGAGACCGUCGUCCGCUUCCAGGAGAAGAUUGGCCUCGACCUCUUGGUGCACGGUGAACCUGAGCGUAACGACAUGGUUCAAUACUUCGGAGAGCAGCUCCAGGGCUUUGUCUUCACCCAGAAUGCCUGGGUUCAGAGCUAUGGCUCCCGCUACGUCCGCCCUCCCAUCAUCGUCUCCGACGUCAGCCGUCCCAGCCCCAUGACCGUCAAGUGGAGCAGCUACGCCCAGAGCCUGACCAAGAAGCCCAUGAAGGGCAUGCUUACCGGCCCUGUUACCAUCCUUAACUGGUCCUUCCCUCGUGCUGAUGUCUCCAGGGAACUGCAAUCCAAGCAGCUCGCCCUUGCUCUCCGCGACGAGGUCAUUGAUCUCGAGAAGGCUGGCAUCAGCGCUAUCCAGGUUGACGAGCCUGCCAUCCGUGAAGGACUGCCCCUCCGUCGUUCCGACUGGGACGCCUACCUCAAGUGGGCCGUCGACUCCUUCAAGCUCGCCACUGCCGGUGUUACUGACCAACUCCAGACGCAUUCUCACUUCUGCUACUCCGACUUCGACGACAUCUUCCCUUCCAUCCAACGUCUCGACGCUGACGUCAUCUCCAUCGAGGCCUCGAAGUCUGACAUGAAGCUGCUCAACACCUUCAAGCAGUACGGCUACUCGAACCAGAUCGGCCCUGGUGUCUACGACAUUCACUCUCCUCGUGUUCCCGGCGGCCAGGAGAUCAAGGACCGCCUCAAGUCCAUGCUUGAGAUCCUCCCAGACUCCCUUCUCUUCGUCAACCCUGACUGCGGUCUCAAGACCCGUGGCUGGAAGGAGACUGAGGCCUCGCUCGUCAACCUCGUUGAGGCUGCCAAGUGGGCUCGCGAGAACUACGCUUAA